AUGCCGCGGGACGGCGACCUCACGCAACGAGGGAACGGCGUCAGCUCCGAACCAAUAUGUGUGCAGUACAAGUUCUCGCGGACGGUGCCCACGGGCCAAGGCCUCACGACGCAGAUCCGGCUUCUGAGCAUCUGCGACACGCUCCUCGCGACGGUCCACGGCGACCGGGACGUGUUGAUAUGGAGCCUCGAGCGCAACGUGCCGCCAACGGUGGUGGAGUUCGACGUGGUGCGAAUGGACCGCAUCACGGGGAUCGCGUUCUCGCCGACGAGCAACCGUGUGAUUGCGCUGUCGUUCCGGACGGGCGCGCGCCAUGAGGUGUGGAGCCUGGACUGGGCGAGCCAGACGGCGGAGGCGGUGCUCGAGGCCGGGGCGGACGCGCACGAGGUGCAGUUCUCGCCGGACGGGCGGCUGCUUACGUGGAUCGCGGGCGGGUGCAUCGACGUGUGGGAGACGCUGAUCAACACGCACGUGGUGACGCUGCGCGAGGGCAAGAAGAAGACGGGCGGGCUACCGGUGUGCAAGUUUGCGUUCACGCCGGACUCAAGCCGGAUCGCGACGCUCGAUCGCGCGGGGAGGAUGACGACGUGGGAUGUUGCAACGUGGGCGGACGUCAAGGAGUCGCGGGCGAAGGCGGCAUCGUGGGAGUCGGUCGGGCGCGAGGCGAUGCAGCUCGUGGCGGACGGGAGGAGGGUGAUGGCGGCGUGCCGGCAAACGGACGGGACGAGUCCUUGGACGUGGCGGUUGACGACGUGGUGGCCGGAGAACGGGAGCCGCGCGGAGCUGGAGAUGAACGGGUGCGCGUUCGCGUGUGUGCCGCGCAACGGGCGGUUCGUCGCGACGGUACAGGCGGACGGCGGGCGGUUGAGAAUGCGCGAUGUCGGCAACGGGGUUUGUCUUGACCAGUCGACGCAGGGAAUCGCAAAGACGGGCAAGACGCCGCUUGUCGUGGCCGCGGCGAUUGCGGUUGGCGAUCGGGUGAUGGCGACGCAGAUUGCGAACGGGCGGACGACGUUGUGGCAGCUGACGGCGGCGGCGGACGAAUAA